AUGAGUGGUGUUUAUUCGAUGAAAAAUUCAUCAAACCCAUUCGUUAAUAUAAAUGCAACAUCAAAAGGCUCUACUUUAAAUAUUCCAGCUGUCUCAGUACCGAUACCAAAUAAAAACAUUAAUUCAACAACGGCGAUGACAUCAACAACAACAACAACAACCAGAUCUGUACCAAUUGUUCAAUCAAAAAUUAGACAACCAGUGCCACUCACAUUUAAAUCGAUGACAUUACCAAAUUUCCCAAGUUAUAAACCUCAAGAACAAACUUUCCCAAAACCUAAAAAUGUGAAUUUAAUAACAGCUGUUGAACUUGGAAGAUUUUUAAAUGAACAUGAUGCUGACGAUUAUAUUCUAUUUGAUAUUAGAUCUUUCUCUGAACAUUCAAAAGAGACUAUUAAAAGUUCUAUUCAUGUUUGUUUACCAUCAACACUUUUAAGAAGAAAAAAUUUUACAUUUGAAAAAUUAUUAGAAAGUUUACCAUAUAACGAACAACAACGAAUACUGAAAAGUUUUAAAAAUCCAAAUUUAAGAAUAUAUUUAUAUGAUAAUAAUGUGAAUCAAACUGAUAGAUCAAUAUCACUCGGUUGUCAUGGUAUCUCAGUUAAACUAUUAAACUAUUCUCCUUGUAUUAAUCCCGACAACCGAAUUAAAAUUGGUAUCUUAUCAUGUGGAUUUUCACAAUUCAAAAAUAUAUUCCCAGAUGAUAUAACAAACUUCGUAACUAAUGAAGAAUCACUAUUGAUGGCAAAUUCAACUCAUCCGAAACAAGACGAUACUUCAUCUACAGACAGUCAUCAUAGCCCAAGUAUCCUAGAUAACAUUAAUUUAAGAUUAAACGUAACUGAUACCAACACGUCAACAACGUCAAGUUUCUUAAAUUCACCAAGCCCCCAACAUGUCAUUACUGACUCCCCGCUUUCAUCUUCAUCUCCAAUCUCUGCAUUAUUAAAAUUCCAAUUGCCUUCACAGAAGACCAUGCCAUCACAAUUAUUUAAGUUCCCACAAAAUGAGGAAACAAUGAAUUUAGAAUCGUACAUCAGUGCCGUAAAUAUUAAUGAAAAACAAAAUAGAAUUCAAGAACAUUUUGAGAAGAAGAAAUAUAGAAAUUCUUUGAAUUUGGAACGCGAAAAGUUUUCUGAAGAGGAUAAUGAAGAUUCUAUAAGUCUUACAUCUUUCCAAUUUCCCAAGAGAAGUACAAGCUCUUGUUCUAACCUUAGUAAUGAUGAAAAGUACAAGGAUAAACUAACUGUUCAAAUAAAAUAUUCAAAAUUACAUUCAAAAUACCCUCAAAAGGAUAUAGAUAAAAAUAUUCCGCAAUGGUUUCAAGAGUUAAUGAGUAGAACCAAAAUUCAAUUUGCAUCACAGUUCCAAAAGUUGGAUAUUUUAGAAAAAAGACGAUUAAACAGUUCCAUUUCUUCAAUGGGUACUCAUAGUAACCAAUCAUCUACUGUAUUUUCAACUGAAGACCUCCACAAGGCGUUACCACCCUGCUACUCUAAACCUAAUAGUCACUCUGGUUCAUUGUGUAGCUCUAACAUAGUUCACAAAAACAAUAACUCCGACACAUCUUUCGGUCUAUCAAUACCUUCUCAAUUUUCAUCGUCCCCCUUCUCUUUAAAAUCACCCCCUUUGCCACCAUUUUCCAGACCAACAGCUUUCAAACAGACACGUUCCUACUCACAACCGGAUUGCCUGGUAUCUGAUAAUCAGAAAUGGAUAAGUGACAUAGACACUGAUUUGACAAAUAUGGAUAACGAUAGUGAAAAGAUCGUAAUAUCAUCAGGUGUCGAACUAGGUGCCAAGAAUAGAUACAAGGAUAUUUUCCCAUAUGAACAUACGAGGGUUAGAUUAAAGAAACAUUCUUUAUCUUCAUUUUCAUCUACCCCAUUUUCACAUUACGAUACUUUGGUAAACCAAGAUAUUACUAAGGAAAAGGACAUGGAUAUUAUAGAUAAUUAUAUUAAUGCAAACUACAUUACCCUACCAGAGCUUGAUAAUUCGAAGGAGUUAUUAAUGAAGGCUCAAAAUUCAUCUCAGACAAUCUUACCAUCGGUUUCACAAAAGGUUCGUUAUAUUGCAACACAAGCUCCCUUACGAUCUACUGUGCAGGAUUUUUACAGUUGCAUAAUAAAUGACAAGGUUCCAUUAAUCUUAUCCUUAACCAAUGACAUAGAGAAUGGGGUUGAAAAAUGCUUUCAAUAUUGGAAAUCAAACAACUAUAACGGUAUUAAAGUUAAUAUUAUUGAAGAGCUUAACCCUCCUGAGUUAAACAAAAAUGUUAUAAUUAGAAGAAUAAGAUUACUGUAUGACAAUGAUACUAAGACAUAUGAUGUCUUACAGUAUCAAAUAAAAAAUUGGUUAGAUUUAAGCACAUUAUCCGAUCCCAUUGAAAUUAUCCAUUCUAUCUGUUUUAAAAAUAUUUUGAUCAAGAAGUUAAUUAAAAAUCACAUAAUAGCCUCGGAGAGUACCCCUACUAUUCUCGUUCAUUGCUCUGCUGGAUGUGGUAGAACUGGAACUUGGUGUACGAUUGAUUCUAUUUUGUCUAAUUUAGAAAAUUUUGAUUUAUUCCUGUACGAGUUCAAGGAAAAAUAUGAUUCAACAGAGAAACAAUACGACCCUGUUGCUUGGACAAUUAAUAUGUUCAGAAAACAACGGAUUUCCAUGGUUCAAAAUAUUAAUCAAUUUUUAUUCAUCUACGAUUGCCUAUUGUAUUACUUUAAAUUUCAACUCAGAGAUCGUUCGAAGAUGAGAUUUGAAAGAUCGUCACUUUCGUUAGAAUCUGUCGAUGCUGACAUUAAGAAAACAAGAAUAAUAAAAAGAUUCACUGAAGGUAAACUUCAUGAAAUCGCAACUACUGCAUAA